CAAUCUCUCCACGCAAAAAGCGACCUCAAAAACUAGUAUUUUAUUAAUCAUGGUGCAGCUGAAGAAGAAACUUUCCGGCAAAAUGAGACUCAAAUACACUCCUCCCUACGCCGGCGCCGGCGACAUGCCGGAACCGGAUAUGUUCGUCCUCACCUCCGCCGGUCAGCGAAUUCCGGCGCACUCUAAGAUUUUGGCAUCAGCAUCGGCGGUGCUGGAGAGCAUAAUCGAGAGGCCGGAGAAGCACCGGAGCACUGAACGGAAAAUCACGAUCUCCGGCGUACCGUACGACGCCGUCCAUGUCUUCCUCCGUUUCUCUAUUUGAAUAAGUAAGUUUGUU